CUAGGCAUCGGAGAUAUCGACACUGGUGUCAUUCGUUGAAGUACUAGUACGUACAACUUCUGCAAAUCUGCACUAGUACUGGGUGACGGGCGCAAGAUGCAGCUUCGUCAUCGUUGCGUUCUCUCGCUACCACUCCUUUGUGCUCCGCUCGUUCGGGCAGCGGAUGGUGUUGCUCCUUCUGAGUCGCCGCCUGUAGCACCACCAGCAGGCGAGGGACAAGCACACACUGGAGCAGCGAAUGAUGUUACUCCUUCUGAGUCACCGCCUGUAGCACCAGCAGCAGGCGAGGGACAAGCACACACUGGAGCAGCGAAUGGUGGAAGAGAAGAACAUGGACAAACUGCGGCGGAACCAGAGCAGCAUGGAGGAGAAACGGGAAAUACCAAUACAGCCACGACCUCCACUGAAAGGAGAAUAGAAGAACCUGAGCAACAACAAGAGAACGAUGGCGCAGAAACAGUGAAUCUUGAAGAACAUCAUCAAGAUCAAGAGGGAACUACUCCGCUCCCUUCGUCCAACGAGCAUAGUGAAGCUAAAAGUGGUGAACAAGAACAAGAUCUUGCGGAUCAAGGUCAUGUCCUACCAACGGAAGAACAGCAGCAACAAGAUGAAGGUGCAUCGACCACUUCUGGCACGUCUACUUCCGCUACUGUUCUUGGAGAUCAUGAUCGUGUCCCAACUCCACCAGAACCAGCGAAGCCACCAAGCAGCGCUGCUGUGCCAUCCCCUGUUCCAUCCUCGAGCGAUGUUCUAUGGCUGUAGAAGAUGAACAACAUUGUUAGUGUUCUUACCACCUAUGUACGUAUUAAUAUGCCUUUUACGAACUACGCUCAUCAUCUCUGUCUUCUUCAGCUUCAGAGACUUCACAGAUUUAGUGAUAAGAACCUGCUCCUUGGACUGUGUAUGACGUAAGCAGAAAAUAAACCUUUGAUCCAGAAACUCUCAAUUAUGAAUUGCCAGGUUAGUUCUAAUAAAAGCACAAAAAGCUGCCGCAUCUACGUCUCAAGAAGAAGAAGAAAAAACAACAAUCGUCCCUUCAGAGCCACAAGCUCGAUCACCUUCACGUUCAGCACCACAGGCAACUAUUGCAACACAGGAAACAGGUGUGGGACCUGAUGACGAGUUGCCACCUUCCUCUACGACGAAUGCUGGCACAGUUGGACCUGAUGACGAGUUGCCACCUUCCUCUACGACGAAUGCUGGCACAGACGCGUCUACAGGUAACUCAAUAGCAACAGACGAUGGAACGCAAACUCCCUCUGAAGGAGCCGCGAGUUCGGGUGCAAGUUUGGAUCUCAAAAAUGCUCCAAUAUCCAGUUUCGCCUUUCUCUCUUUGCUACUGCUGUGUGGAAAAUGUUUGCGGGUAAUGAUCAAGCCCUUGCGAGACUUGUACCUUCCGAGUUCAGUGGUCGGCGGAACUUUUGGCUAUCUUUUGCUGCUGUUGGCAAACAACGUUGGGCCUGAAGUUAAGACAACCGCUAAACCAUUCUUCCAGCAUAAUCCUACAGCAGAACCAUGCAUCUUCCACAGCAUAAUGAUCCUACUCGGGGGCUCUUUCAUCUCUACUUGAAAGAGAGGCUCCUGCCAAGGAUCGACAUAACUCUCUCUCAAGGAAGACCCAGGAGACGCGAUCGCUUUUCUAAUGCAUGCUGUGUCGAGGAAGACCAUGUAAAUCGCUAUGGAUUUGACGACACCAGUAUCGACCCUGACCUUCGAGGCCAAUGCAAACCAGGAAUUCACCGUGUUUUUUCGUACAUAUCCGCCUACUACACCAUCGGCUGGGGCCCGCAGUUGCCAGAAGUGCUCAUCAGUGUCAUAUUUAUGGCAUAUUGAUGGUGCGAGAGCAAUGUGAGAACGGUGGUUUUUUCCAACUUGUGAAAUUUAUCUGAAAGUAGUGCCUGUGAUUUUGAUAUCUUACACGACUGCAUGUGGAUGUGGAUCGUGAUCUCUUACACCUCCACAAAUGGAUGUCGUGGAUUUGGAUGUAAAUUUUUCAUGGAUGAUCAGCUAGUACCACAACUCCAUCAACAUCCUCCAAUCUGGGAAUUUCCCAAAGUUUUCUAAGCCCUUCGCCGCUGUCUUCAUCGGUGUAGAAGUUCCACCGGUAAAGGCUAUCUGGGAAGGCUCUGGACCGCAGAUUAUGUAUGGGCAGAUCGUGACGCACGGUCUGUGGUUCUUCGGUCUGCUUUCCGGCUGGGUCUUUGGAACCUUGUUUUUAAGGAUGGUGCUGUUGUUUUGUGAUAUUCUGUGACUGUGAUUGUUGGAGUAAGUAUCCAUACGAGGAUGUUGUCAAUUUUUUCGAUAUCUUCAGAUUGAUUGAUGAAGACAGGAACUCGUGGAAUUCGAUUCACAUAAAGAAAAAACACUUCCUCGGCUUAGAACGCAAGAAUCAGAUGAAAAAUCGAUUUGUCUCAGCGAGCACCUACUUCAUCGAAAGUCCUUGGUAGAGAAAACUACAACUGCUCAUCAAUCAUCUCAUCCUCUCCUCUAACUCUCCUCAUCUUCGAAAGUCAGAAGUGGGGUUCUUUUUGGACCGGCAAACAGACAUGGAAUUAUCCAGACGGACAACUACCGGAAGGCAAAUCCGCAGACUGGCUGCCGAAGUGCUAUGGAAUUAGCAUGUACCUAGGAUUCGAAGGAGGACAUGGAACGGUAUGAUCUGAAUCGUUGAAUUCAUUUAUUGUGAUGGGCUACCGGUACCGAGGAGAACAAGAAAUGAUUAUGAAAUGUCAAUGUGUUUGUGUAGCGCUCGUUAUACUCUUCUCCACCCCCGUGCUCACCUACUUCGGGUGCAACAUCGAUGUGGAACUCAACUCUCAGUGCCGAAACGUAAGUAAAGUCACAUCACCAAUGAACAGGUAGCGGGUCUCCGGGACGACUUUGUUUCUUAACGCUAUAUUAAUCAAAGUUUCUUAACGCUAUAUUAAUUUGAAAACUCUUACUCUUACAAGAACUAUAUUGAUAAUUUGAAAACUACUCUUACAAGAACUUGUCAGGUAGCAGGUCUUCGUGACGAUUUUCCCAAGAUGCAAGAAUGGAAGGAGGGGUUUGACGUCGCAAUAGGCAUGGCCACCACAGGCUUACUAGGUGCAACCAUCUGGGGAGUGAUGCUUAUCAACAUCGCCAGUAGGAAAGGGUGGAGAGCAAUCGAAACUGCGGAUAUUAUGACAGUGAGAGUAGAUGAUGUUUCACUUUCAUCAGAGUGGUCAGUUACAGUUUCUUUUUAUUGUUGGUUCUAGUUUAAAUGUCUUUGUUUCGCCUAAUCAAGUUUGAGUGAAAAUUCCUUCCUGGACUGCUGUAGCAUCAAUUUAUAGAGCAGAUUCUCAUUAUGUCACAACCACAUGCACAUCUAACAGGCAAGAACAAAAGAACAAUCAAGGUGCGAGCACUGAUCCGCUUUUGCUGGUCGGUGUGUAUAGUCCAGAAACACGACCGCCUAUGGCCUACGAGACGGUGGUGUCGGAUAGUUAUGAAGGAAUAUGUUUUUUUGCAUUUUUUGUUUGGGGCUAUAUUUGGCGUGGGAUUACAGCUCUGGCAAUGGUGGUUAUUGCUCAGUAGGGUACACUGGAGAACUUCCGCUGCAAUAGACUAGGCACCGAAAAGUCAUGGAGUACGUUUUUUUUUGCAUUUGUCUUUUAAAAAGCUAGGUCCAGCAAUAUUUUGCGUGGAUUGCUGAUCUGCAGCAGUAUAACAGAAUUAUUCACUCCUGAAAAACAAAAACUCUGACUGACAAUCACGAUAUGCAGAUGAACGAAGCCGAAAAACUUCCACUCCCAAGACCCUUUCUAAAAGCCUAUCGACACCCUCACCUUGCACGCUGCCCUUAUCGGUCUGGCAUGCGCCUUCGGCUAUGGGUUACAGAAAGCCAUGAUCUGCAUUCAAGUACUGGGCAGUGAUUUUGGACUCUAUCCAGCAGCAGCGACAACGAUAGGCGAAAACUUCCCACUAUUUCCGCUCUGCAUGGUAGGUGGCAUCCUGGUGGACCGCGUUCUUCGUGUUAUCGGCUAUUCGAUGCUCAUCGAUCACAAUUGCAUGCAGAGGGUACUUCUACUUACUCCUGUUGGACAUUUUGUAGUCUACAGAGCAGGGUACUGCUUACUCCUGUUGGGCUACUAACUAUAAACGCCUCUGCUCGAGCUAUUCCACAAAUUGAGUCUCCUACGCGUAGACUUGUGAACGAAAACUGACACUCACGACAGGUAAGCGGAAUCGCCUUGGACUAUCUGAUUACCGCAGUAUUGUGCACCAUGGAUCUGCAAGCCGCCACUGGUUGGCCCUACGCGACUCUGACCUUCAUCAUUCUCAACGUCGUAGGUUUCAGCUGGCAUUUUUUCUGCAUCCUUGUUCUCGCUCCGAAGAUGUUGCCGGAUGCCUGGUAGUUGGCGAUACAUGAGAACUAAGUUUUUUCCGCAACAUUCAAGUAGCUUACACUGAAACGUCAAGAAGUACAGAAUUGGCGAUACAUUCAAGUACUCGAAAACUGAAAAUAACCGAGUUACUAACUGAAAUAAGGGAGGUACUAGCUUAACGCCAAGUGGGUGCUCUUCCUUCUCAUCAGUAUCUCGCUUAUAUUCAGUAGUUACUCGCUUAUUUCAGUUUUUCGAAUAGCUUACACUGAAACGUCAAGAACUACAGAAUAUUCAGCUCGAUCUGAGUCUUGAGUUGUUGAAAAAAAAAUGGUAGUGACGUAGUAGCUGAACUUCUUGAAGUUUGACAUUGACUUGGAUUUCCACUGAAAUUCAAUUUCACCACAAAAAAAAUAUAGGUUCGAGCGCGCCAUCUUCGAAGUGGGGCAUUCUAUGGGCACAACAGCUAACGGUCUUAUUCUCUUGAAAAUGGUAGACCCACAUUCAGAGACAGCAGCGGGGAGUGCGAUCGCAUUCAAACUAUUUGCGCAUGAACCAGUGAUGGGGGUGUGGGUGGCGCUGAUUUCUACGUGCUUUAAGGUACUACUGUGCUUGUAAUAGUGUGAGUUUUAGUACUGUUACACAUCUGUGCUUUUAUGGAAGUGGUUUCUUCACAACCAUGAUCCGGUAAUCCUCCCCUUAGGCACCGAUGUCAACUAAGGAAGGUGGUUUUUGGGUGCUAGUUUGGGCAGGACUUAGCGGUCUCGUGAUGGCGUUUUGGUUCGCGCUUUAUUGGUUCUAUUUCAAGCCCAAGUACAAGAGCGGCAGAAUAUUGACGGAUCGCGAGACCUUCAUGCGACAGAGCUUCCACAACGACGCCGAAAGCGCUAGAACUGAAGACUUUGCACAGCCAAACGCAGUAGUGAGGGGGGAGCCGGUAAUUCAUCGAGUAUCGAGUGAAUCACAAUCAUUUUAUUAGCGGUUAAAAGUUGGCGUCUCUAGCCCGCAUAUGUAUGGCUCUCCUACUUGCAGAAGCCAUAGAGAUGCUCUUAGAUGAUAGGUCAACUUCCAACCCUUUUUAACUUUGGUAUCGAUUAAGGCACCUUGGCCUUGGCCUUCUUUCUAAUGCUGGUCAUCGUGGUUCAGUGUCAAAUCUUUAACAACUAUUUGGAAACUGAGGACUCUCUCUCUUUCUCACAGAUGGUCUCUCGAUCCCAAUCGCAAUCUGGGCAUCCGGAAGGCGGGAAUCCACUUCUGCAGGUCGGUGAAGGAGAUGCCGAAAGUGGUGCAGCAGGAUCAACAUCCUCUGGAAAUUUGUUGUUAUGGUUUUCGAUAAUUUAAGGAGCACAACAAGUUGAUGAUAGUUCAUCUUACUCACGACUACUGCCACGCUCGACUUCUAAUCAGUAGCCAAACGAAGCAAGUAGGGUCCAGCACAGCGCUCGGGCACCUGAUGGCUAUGUCCUCGCAGCAGUUGAGACGGUCUCAAGCUGUCUCCCAAACGUGGGGAUACAUGGAUCAGACCAGCAGACGAUCUCUGGAGGAUGGGAUUUUCAACGGCAAUCAACAGGCGGGAGGUGCCGCUGGGAAUGUUAUGGUUUGGAUGCAGUUCUUGUUCUCGUUGUAACUUGUAAGUACUAGGGUCGACGUCGGUCACAGAAGUAUGUAAAAUAAAACUCUUACAUAUAAUUGAACUCUAGAGGACAAAGUCGUGAAGAAAACUACUCAUCGUACAAAUUCUACGUUGAUGAAACAUUGAUCCGUAGAUAUCUGGAAAACGCGGAUCGGUGUCGAGGAGUCUGACCAACGCAGAACCUCGCCGCUUCCGUGCUAACUCAAUGUGUACCCAGAACCAACUAUCGCGAUCCCGUCUCCUUCAUUACCCCCCGCGAUCCGCGUAUCACAGUCGGCAUGGACGAUAUUGAGAAAGGUGCUUUUGUCCCAAGAGCUGACAGUGGAGACCUCAUGGUUAUUCAAGAAGAAGCAGGAACCGAAAUGUCACAAAUGAGGAGUGGCGUGUAAAAGACUGUGACCGAAGGUCUAGGACCAUCUGAAAAAUUCAAAAAAACGAUAAUGGUUGUAACGUUUUUUCUCGCGAUAUGGAAUGUUCCACAACUUCUACCGGCAUUCUUCAUGAAAUCAGAAUGAUGGCGGGUUCCUAACGAUGUAGCUUGUAUUUUGAGUUUCUGCUUCUGGUAUCCUAAACCUAGUAAUCGCUUGUAUUUUGAGUUUCUGGUAUAGUUUUUUUUUUCCGAGGUCCUUGCUUUCUCUGCGCAACAGGGAAGCCUCAUCUGCGGGUGAAUAAAGAAUUUUUGUUGUACUGAAAUGUUGUCAAUUUCCUAUGUGACCAAGAGCAUGAUCGUGGAGCCAAUGCAGUGAAUAGCCGAGUACCUUACGUUUUGUAAGACAGCCUAAAGAACAUCAAUUGUGUGGCAAACGUUACUAACGGGUCGGCAAGAACUAUAAUGGUGGCCAACAUCUGAUGAUAACACUACCUCCACGCGGCACCAACGACAUAUAACGAAUCGCAAAUAUAAUGUCACAAAAAAAUAUCAUGAUGUCCUCCACUUCGAUGUAGUUUACAGACUGUUUUGGCUUGAUAGUAUCUAAGUAGAUGAAAAAUGAUAUUUCUUUCAAGCAAUGAACGCAUUAAGGGUAUAAGCAAUACAGCAAAGGCAAUCUAGUCCUAAUUGGCUUUUUGGGUUUGUUUGCACGUUCCUCAUGUUACUUGCAGUUGCAACAUCUUCUCGCAUCGCUGUGGAUCAGUGUGAUCCCUGGUAGUCGAAAGGAAACCUUCUCUGAUUCUCGAAUUUUUGUUGUACUAGAUGGACUUGGGCAUGUUGCUCUACUGAAGACUCACGUGGUCAUGAAGAUGUAGUUUUGCUUAUAAAUAAGCGCAAGUCAAAUUCAAGACCACGACAGGUGACGGCG